GUGAGAAACGUGACGACUUGUUAUUAUGUCGUCAUCGCCGUUACAGCGCGCACGUGUCUUCACAAAUUAACGGGGCUGUUCUCACGUUCCGGAGGCAGGAAAAGAGGAGGAGAAGGAAGAAAGAGAGAACAGUCAAAAGCCCUGGGAAAGGGUGCAGAGAGGAAGACGACGGUGAACUGGAGGAGCCGAACAACUACACUGUCCCAGCAACUCUGCAGUAUUUGUGUGUAUGACAAUGGCCAGGCGGUCAUUCUCUGUGUUUGUAGUGGUGUGUGUGUUGGCUGUGUGUGUGUGUCUGAGUGUGUGUGAGCCCAUCACUUUGCGUCUUGCUGGAGAGAAGCGUAAACACUACGAAGGUCGAGUGGAGGUGUAUUACGGCGGAUCUUGGGGGACGGUGUGUGACGACGACUUCGACCUUACCGCCGCACAAGUAGUGUGUAGACAGCUCGGAUUCCUCAGUGCUGUCUCUUGGUUUCCGUCUGCUAAAUACGGCAAAGGAGAAGGUCCUAUCUGGUUGGAUAAUGUACACUGUAUAGGGAGGGAGGCGUCCAUCUCUGACUGUCAAUCAAACGGGUUCGGAGUUUCAGACUGUAAACACUCGGAGGACGUCGGCGUCGUCUGCACACAAAAGCGCAUCCCAGGAUUCAAACACAUUAGCGUUGACAGUAACGAUGGGGAGACUCUGGAAGUGCGAGUAGAGGAUGUGCGCAUCAGAGCCACCUAUUCCCACCGUAAACGUAUUCCAAUCACAGAGGGCUUUGUGGAAGUGAAGGAUGAGGGGAAGUGGAAGCAGGUCUGCAGUGAGAACUGGACUCCACAAAACAGCCGUGUAGUUUGUGGCAUGUACGGCUUCCCCGGAAAGAAGGGCUUCAACACUAAAGCCUACAAGCUUCUGUCUGAGCGUAGGAAGAAGAACUACUUUGGUUUCGCGGUGAACUGCACAGGAAAUGAAGCUCUUCUGACCGAGUGCAAGAUGGGCAAACCUCUGAAAGGGUUGAAAAAUCUGAAUGCCACAUGUGGCCUUGGAAUGCCCGCCGUGAUCAGUUGUAUUCCUGGAAGAGCCUUUGCACCUACACAAUCCUUAGGAUUCAGGAAGGCCUACAGAGCAGAGCAACCUCUGGUGCGUCUACGUGGAGGGGCGAAGAUGGGUGAAGGUCGAGUGGAAGUGCUGAAGAACGGUAUUUGGGGAACGGUGUGUGACGAUAACUGGGACAUGAAAGCUGCCAGCGUGGUGUGCCGAGAGCUAGGCUACGGCACUGCUAAAGAAGCUCUGACUGGGGCACGAAUGGGGCAAGGAAUGGGCCCGGUGCACAUGAAUGAGGUGGAGUGCUCUGGGUUCGAGAAGUCUCUGACUGAGUGUCACUUUAACAAAGAAGCUCUGGGUUGCAGUCACGAGGAGGACGCGGCUGUGAAGUGUAACAUUCCUGCCAUGGGUUUCCACAACAGGUUGCGUCUGAGUGGAGGCAGGAACCCGUACGAGGGACGAGUCGAGGUGCUGGCGGAGAGGAACGGCUCGAUGGUGUGGGGAACCGUGUGCAGCGACAGCUGGGGAAUCAUGGAGGCCAUGGUGGUAUGCAGACAGCUUGGAUACGGCUUCGCUAAUCACGCCUUCCAGGAGACGUGGUACUGGCAGGGGGAGGUUGGUGCUGAUGCUGUAGUGAUGAGUGGAGUUCGGUGUUCAGGCACAGAGAUGAGUCUCGCUCAGUGUCUCCAUCAUGGGAAACAUGUUACCUGCCCAAGAGGAGGAGGAAGAUUUGCUGCUGGAGUCUCCUGCACUGAGAGUGCCCCAGACCUGGUGCUAAACGCAGAGGUUGUUGAACAGACUACGUAUCUGGAGGACCGGCCGCUGUACGCUCUGCAGUGCGCUCAUGAGGAGCAGUGUCUCUCUCAAAGUGCCAACUCGGCAGACCCGUCUUCGUACAGACGGCUAUUGCGCUUCUCCUCUCAGAUCCACAACAAUGGCCACAGCGACUUCAGACCCCGCACCGGACCCCACGCCUGGGUGUGGCAUGACUGUCACAGGCACUACCACAGCAUGGAGGUUUUCACUCACUACGACCUUCUGAGUUUGAAUGGCACCAAAGUUGCCGAAGGGCACAAAGCCAGCUUCUGUCUGGAGGACAGCGAGUGUGAUGAAGGAAUACAGAAGCGUUAUGCCUGUGCUAAUUUCGGGGCUCAGGGGAUCACUGUGGGCUGCUGGGACACAUACAGACAUGACAUCGAUUGCCAGUGGAUCGACAUCACUGACAUCAAACCUGGAGAUUAUAUAUUCCAGGUUGUAAUUAACCCUAAUUAUGAGAUAGCUGAGUCUGAUUUCACUAAUAACAUCAUGAGGUGUAAAUGUCGCUAUGAUGGAUAUCGGAUCUGGACUUAUAACUGCCAAACAGGUGGCUCUCGAAGUUCGGAUGUGGACGAAUAUACAGGAUUAAUGACCAAUCAGCUUCAGCGCAGGUAGAAGUCUAGCCAAAGUGAGGGAAGUGAAGAGUGGAGUGAAGCCCAGACAGACUUCUAACACGAGAAGAGAACCAACCACUAGAGGAGGCAUGCUGAUGUGACCAUCCUGCACCUAUCGUUACUUUGUUUACUGUCUAGAAGAUGCGACAUCUGUCAUUAUCCCCGUACGCCACCUUCAUCACAGCUCUACACCUGUAUCCCAGUCGACACACGACCAACAGCAUGGAGAACAGCACAGGAAACCCAGCUUCUCAUCUUGGUAGUAAUUUAUUGCAUUAGAGAAUGCAGUCUGGUAAAAUAACACGCUCCAGAGUGCCUGUUAGCUUAGUGUGUAAUAGAUUUUUUUAAUAGAAUUGACAUAGUGAUGUCUUUCUCAGUGACCAAAGAGUUUUGAUACAAAGAGUUUUGCAGUAAAAUGUUCAAAUCAAAUCGUGCCAAAAUAUAGUCGAUCAACCAAGAUUUUUUUGCUUCCUUUUGUUUUGCACUGGAUCUUUAACGCUAACAAGUAAGGGAAUUUCUGACAUAUCUAACAUCACACUCUUACCUCCUUCCUGAAUCUGAUGCUGGUGCUGAGUAAGAACUCAAACUGUGAUAAGGAUAAAUGAUCUGACCUUUCUGUGGCACAUGAUGAGAUGAAGGGUUUGUUUUCACAAAUUUUACCACAAAUUUUCCUUACUCGUUAGCUGAUUCGACUUGUAGCUCCUGUGCAAAUUGUUUGCAAAAUGUUGUGUUGAUCACAUGCACAAACACUACGCUAUACGGUGGUGCGAUGUUUAAAUCUACGAGACGCUUUACUCAAGGCUCACAAUUAUUACUCCUUCCCUUCAGAUUAGGAGACAUGUACUGUACUUGAAAUUAGGCAUGUGCCAAUAUUAAAGCGCCAUAUUGCAAUAAAUGUUUGAGAAAAACAACAAACAUCUCUUAACAGCCUCAAUGUAUAAACACAGCAUGUUAGCUCUUCGUACUAAAAACUCUCAACCACAGCAAACUAGUAAACUUCAGCUAGCUACUUAUGCCAUUAAGCUGUGUUCUGGAAACAACUUUUAACUAUCUUUAGCUGCGGAUCAAUUGUUCAUCAUGAUUUUCAGCACAUGCCUACUUGAAAACAAACUGUAACGUCUACUUUCUGUCUUCACACGACAUCACGCGAUGCUAGUGCCGUGCCGCAAGCAAAACAUAGCUCUUUUGCAUGCUACUUUUCAUAUUUACUUGUAUUGCAUGUUUUUAUAAAAUUCUGCAGAUUUUAUAAGAACACCUGAUCAGCAAUGGUACCUUUUUUCCACUCAGUCAGCUUUGUUAGCUAAAUUCAUUGCGCAUGCUUGGUAAUUUAUUCCUACCAGUCAGGGAUUUUUUUUUCUUUCAUUAUGAUAACUCAAGCAAUGUGGAACUAAAAUCUUUUUGCUGUUUUGUGAACUUGUGCCCUCCGUUUUAUGAGGGCGUUUACAGCCAUUCGAGCGGUUAAUGCAUCAUGAUGCAAUUACUGUUGAAUGUAUGAAUCACAUUGUGCCUUGUUUUCUACAAUAAAAACAUAUUUAUGAGUCUUUA